AUGGGUGAACCACCGGUGCCGAGUUCGAUCUCACUUUACCCACGCCUCUUCAUACCUAUUUUCAUACCUGUCCUCGCCAUUGUAUUGAGCCUGCUCUACCUCUUCAUUGACCACCGCUAUCUUCCUCCGGCGCCGUCUCCCGAAGAAGACCUCACACGCCCACUGAUAGAGGACCUGGAGGAUGAGGAAGUCUACAGGUUUGCUCAACCCACUGUGGCGGAGCCCGAGGGGGAGGCUUCCCGCUUGUCCAGCACCUACGGAGCCAUUUAA